GAAAGAUCUUCUCUAUGCGGAUGAGUCGCCUGUUGUUCGAGAAGACAGAGAAGGGAGAAAACAGCUUCGCCCUGGAUUUGAUCCUCUGGCGGAAUGGCAAAUUUGAAGCCAUCAACACGAGCCAAGCCAUUCAUCGAAUGAAUCCAAUCUAUGGACACAAGACGUGUGCAUUGCAUUUUGGUCAUUGGCCAAGUCGGCACAAGAUGCCAUCUUAUGGUCAUUACAGUGUGGUGGCCAUGACCGCAGAAAGCGAUACUAUCACAUUGAAGGCUUGGUUGAGAUUGCUGGGUAUAGGGAAAAAUCGCUUGCGGCGCACCAGAAAACGAUGCCGUGGUCAAGAUGAAAGGAUUGGUGCUGAAUCUAUGCUGAACACUUCAGAUGAAGAACUGCGUACCAAGUUGAUGAACAGACCAAUCAAGCAGAUCUCAGAUCACUUUGAUCCAAUGCAGCUUCCCAUCCGUGAGCUCCCUCAUGGGAAUGUUGCAAACCUAUACCUUUUAUACAUUGCUUGGUGCAAAGCGAAAUCCGAAGAAGCCACUUGUCGAUCGACUUUCUACAACACCUUCAAGGAUGUGGAUGCAGUGCUGUCAUUGAUCAAGAGAGCAUUGGACAGCACCCAGGUGUUGCUGACACCACGCGACAUGAUGAGAGCCAUAGAGCUCAAGCUUGGCCCUCUGUACCAGCAGCAGAACAUGGUCUUCAAGACAUUUUGGGUGGAGCAAGUACGCGAUUGGGUGAGUAUCCUACCACCUUCGGUCACACUUUGGAAUGCCUACAGAGAUCGCAAGGACCCACUGCUGGUCCUGCCCAAUGCUUUGAAGUUGGAAUCGGAUUACUUCAUCAGGAUGGCAAACCGGGCACCAGCUGUUGAUCCAUUUCUGAGCCCAGAGCGCAUUGAGGAGCUGCGGCACAUGGCCACUGAGAUUGCUGAAGACUUUCCCCACAUGGGGCGUGCUGUGACAUACUACAAGACUCUUCUGGUGGAGAAUCCAAAGGUUGAACCCUAUCCCCGCAUCAAGUUCUUGGGGCAGGUUGACAGAUCAAAUGCUCGUUGGUGCAAAUUCAAUCUGGGUGAACAGCACCCAAGGCCAAAGCCACAUGCCCUGAAAGUGACUUUCCACAGGGCCAGGGGUCGAGACUAUUUCCCAAACAACAAUCAAGUGAUGUGCUUCUUCAAGGAGUUCUGCACGUUUGGGUACCGAAGCUCGAGCGAUGCCAUUGUUUGCAAAUUCCCAUAUGCUGAUGGAUCGCGAACACUGGAGGAAUUCUCAGUUGGAGUGAAUGACGGGUUCACAAAACUGUUGAUAAUGCCCCUGGUGGUGUCAUUUCUGGGCGAAUUGGAGGUGUCAAAAGAAGAAUGCAAAGAGAUGGAACAUGUGCUGGCAAGCUUCAGGUAUGUCAGACUACCUCUAGAAGUGUUGGCACAGGACUUCUGGGUCCCAGGCUCCACUGCCCGGUCGGAGAGUCCACACGUGCAUGGCAAUCAGCUCUUUGGCGAGAUCCUUGCGACCACAGAUCGCACAGCAAUUCUGUACGCAGAGCGGGCAACAGAGGACUUUGCACGACAUGCCAGCCCUGAAGCUUCGUUGAAAGUGAAGAAAGCAGCUCAGCUCUCAGACGAGCAGCACCAUCACCUUUUCGAUAUCUGCUGCCUGUGGCAGUGGUUGGUGCCACGGCUGGAGAAAAACUAUCCCAGUGAAAUUGUGGAGAAGCAUGAUCGACUCUUCCACAAGGGGCUUCUGGAUGGAGACCUUGGCGCAGUGAUGCGUGCCGGUGAAGACUUCAACUGGGAGAGGAUCAACUUUGUUUUGGAGAUUCGUGGUCAGCAUUUGGAGCAGUACAUCAGCGAAAGUCAGGACAAGGCAAAAAAUGCCCAUGAAAAGAAUGAAAAGGAGCAUGCCAAAAAGAGAGCAAAGCUGGUCAAGCAGCUCGAGGAGAGCCACGCCCGAGCCUGGCGGGUAGUCGUUGACUACAUCAAUGACAACCUGCGCAUUUUCCCAUCGAAGCUGGAACAUGCUGAAUCGGCACUGCUUCCCAACACGAAACUUUGGGUGAAAACAAGCUUGGAAGAGAUGAAUUGCCUCAGUGCAGAUGACCACUCAAUCUUCAUCUGGUUGAAUUGUCCAGUGGUUGGUAUCAUCAGCAGUGAGAAGUAUGACUACUUCUUGACAUGCAUAUGCAACCUCUUGGCGGACUUCCCAAAGAACAGUGUUGCAGUGAUCCUUCAUCCCAACCGGGCAGCCUCUUUGGACAAACGGAAAUCUGCCACCCGCAAGAGGGAAAAGGAUGAGCCAGAAGACCAAAAGGUCAUUCCUGAUGGCGAGGUGAAGCCCGAAACAAAAGAUGAAGACAGUGGCAACGAGUCUGAAGGUGAAGGGAAGAGCAAAAGUGGAAUUGCUGGGGAAGAAGCUGAUGUGCGGGAUGUCAUUUACAACCUUGAGAAAGACUUGCGGCUGAAAGAUCGAAACUUGAGGAUUCGAAGCCUGACAUGGAUCUGGGACCAAGCUUCCAUCUAUGGCAAACGAGAUGGUGUGCUGACAGGUUUGGCAGUUGUCUCUGGCGCUGACAAGCACAACCUGAUGAAGCAAUCCCGUGGAUGGAAGCAGGGCACAGUGCAUGGUGUAAGCAUGCUCCCGAGACAACAGAUGUGGAAGCCGGUAGCUGGAGGUACGGACAUUGUGAAGAAGACCAUGAGUGCAUUUUGCAUUGCAUCUUCAAAGGCAACUGCAUUGAUCGAUUUGCAUGCUUAUGAUGGAUUCCCUGCUCUGGCAGCCCUGGAGUCUGGCGAUGAGUUGGUGAACCGACUGUCGAACAAGAUCUAUGAAGCUUGCCGCUUGAAGUCCAUACAGCUUCCGAACUUUCCUGAUUUUGGACCCACCAUUGCAGCACUUCGUGAAGGCUCCGUGGCCCCUACAAAUUCAGAUGGCUUCAAAGUGUGCAUUCAACAACAUGACAAGCUCAAGAUUUUGGAGUCCAUGGCUUCGAAGUGGCUUGCAACAGAAAGUCUGAAGGACAAAGCUUUGGAGAUGAUCGAGAACCACAACUCCAUCUACAACAUUGGUGGAGAGAUGCUUCUGGAAGACAGGAUUGCGCAGCCUGAAGCAGAAGCGGAGACAGCCAAAAAGAUCAAGGUGGAAGCAUCACAGGUUGCGACCAAUGAACAGGUCACGGCUUUGCAAAACCAGUUUUCCUUUGGAUCGGGCGAAUGGAGGGAUGGAACAGAUGCCAAAGAGGUCACAGCAGAUGCUGAUGCCAAAUGGUUCUCUUUCCGGCUGGACGCCAAGUCGCUCAUUGUCUUGGAGAAGAAGACGGCGCCAGAGCACUUGGCAACACUUGAUUGCCUCGAUGUGCCCACUGCAGUGGACAGUGUGUUGCGAGAGCUGGAGGUGAAACUCCGUAUUUCGCAUCAUUCCUUGAAGAAGUCCGAGAAUUCCAUCACAUCCACAAAAGAUUUGGUCUUCGUGCUUGAUGAGCUGAAUGAAGAGCCUACGAAGAAGAAAAGAAAAAAGGCGAACAAAGAUGAGUCUGUGGCAGGAGUUACCAUGAAGAACUUUGGUUCCAAUGUGUCAGUGCCCAAAGUGAAAGGUAGCAGCCUACUCAAGGUGGCAUGGCGUUGUCGACUUGACAAUCAGGAGCGGCUUCCCUUUGAGUAUCUCAUUGAGAACACUGAUGAUGCGUCAGCUUCUCUGGCUAUGGAACAUCUUGCCGCCACAGAGAUUGAAGCGGGCCUGGAUGCCGAAGUGCCACAAAUUCUCCCAGAUGAAGCAGCUCGGAACAUCAAUAGCCAGUCCUCAGAAACGAUUAUUCUGUCUCCCAGCGUGCAUGGCACUGACAUGCAAGAGUACAAGGAUGUGAAGGUCGAUGUCAAAAAAAGGAAGGUUCACACCGAAGUGGAGCAGUGCAGCCCUGAGAUUGACAAUGAGAAGCCAAAGAAGAGACAAAAAAAAAACAAAGAAGCCCAUGGAGGAUCCAAAGAAGCAAAGGCGGAGUCCAGCUCUGCAGGCAGUGGCAAACCUCCUUCGGAAUCCAAGCCUGAGAAGGAAGGCAUCACCAAGAAGGAUGCUCAGGUCUCAAAGUUGCCCAAGGCAGAUCCAAAGCCAACGGCCAAGGUUGGCCGUGCAGCAAGCGCAAGAAGUGACACCAAUGAAGACAGCAAGGCAGGCGACAAAGCGCUCAAAGGCAAUGAGGAGGACACAGAUGCAAAGAAGCACGCACCAAAGGGAACUGUGAAGAAAAUGAAGAAAGACAACAAGGAAGAGAAGAAGGAAGAGAAGGACAAGGAAGACCGAACCAUGGUGCCAAAGGCCACACCAAAGAGAGCUGCGAAGAAAGACAAGGCGGAAGAAGAGAAGGACACGAAAGUUGACAAGAAGAGAAAGGAAGACCAGAACCUCGUGAAGAAAGGCAAAGACAUGAAGAGCAAGAAAGACCAGAACCUCGUGAAGAAAGGCAAGGACAUGAAGAGCAAGAAAGACCAGAACCUCGUGAAGAAAGGCAAGGGCAAGAAGAAUGGCGAGAAGGAAGAGGACAAGGAAGUUCUUCUGAAAAGAAAGUUGCAUAGCGUAUACUCGGGUGCCUCAAAGAAGGCGCGAUCAGAAGGAAAAGAUCCUACAGAGUCCAAGGCAUUAGCAGCAGCUGCUCGUGCAAAGAUCCGUCGCGAUGAUGGCGCGAUCGUGGAAAAAGCUGAAGCCACCACGAUCCGGGCAA